GCCAUGGGGACGCCGAGUCGCUCCGAGGCUGGAAUCUCGCCCCCGCGGAUGCCGGAGUGCGACACAGAGGCCCGGCUCCAAGGGGCCUCCCUGCCUCGGGAGUCCCCCGAGGAGCCUCGGGAGCCAGAGGCGCCCAAGGCCCCGGCGGAGCUUGCAAGCGGCGGAGGAGCGGAGCAGCAAGCGGAGGAAGAAGACGUAGGAGAAGGCAGCAGCACCGAGAGCAGCCGCGACACGCCAGAGGCCCCACCUCCGCUGCAGAUCCCCGCCACGCCCCCCAUGCCCACCUCCUCUGGGGAAGGCGUCCGAGGGGCAGCUCCACAGCUUCGAGGGCAGCAGCUGGAGGCACUGACUCGCGUGGCCCUGAUGGAGCAGCGAGUAAAGGAGCUACAGCGCCAGAGGAAGGAGCUGAGGAUCGAGAUGGAGGUGGAGGUGGCCCUGCUGCGAGGUGAGCUGACCGGGGAGCGAGUGGCUGCCCGGCGGGAGGAGGAGCAGCUCCGGGAGCUCCUGGGGCAGCAAGCGGACACGGAACAGGGUGGCCGCGAGCAGCGGGAACAGGAACAGAGACGGCUUAGGCAGGAGCGGGACCGUGUGGAGGGUCUUCGCCAGAGACUCCGGAAGGCCCAGGGACAGCUCAACUCACAGCCAGAGGACCAGCGGGAGCGGCUUCUGCAGGAGGUGCAGGAGAUCCGGGAACAGCUGGAGGUGGCCCAGCGUGCCUACGAGGACAUGGAGUUCCAGCAACUGGAGCGGGAGAGCUGGCAGGAGGAGGAGGGUCGGGAGGGCCCUGGAGGCUCGGCACCAAACCCCAAGAUCCAGGAGCUUCAGGCCAGUGUGGCACAGCACAGGUGACUUGGUUGUUGGGGUAACUUGCAGCGCCGGAUCCAGGUCUUAGAGGAGCAGCUCAAGUCACUGGGGGAGCAGAUGGCGGCUGAGAGCCGGGGGCUGAGCCGGAAGAAGGAGGAGGCUCUUCAGGCCCUGACUCAGGAGCGGAGCCGACUGCUGGAGCUUAAUCACCUUCAGGGAACACCUGGCAGGGACUUCUCUGAGCCCAACCAGGCCCUUACUAAGCUCCUGUUCACCCAGAAGACAGACCGCCAGUUGGUGGUGCUCCAGGACCCCACUGCCCACACUGCUGCCACCACUACCUCAUCCUGCCUCUUCUCUGUUCACAGCUCCCUGCAGGGCUCCAUUGGCCUCCAGAGGACCGGAAGCCUGCCCCGGAGGAGGGGAGAGAGGGCGAGCCAGAGAGGAUCCCCCCAACCUCUGUCCCUCCGUUGUACUGGACCCCUGGAGGCCUCAGCUGUUUCGCCAGCAGCAGGAGAUUCUGGGAGACACCCCCUCUAUCAGCUGCUGAACUGUGGCCCUGGGAAUAGCUGUGGGGCCGUCCACCCAGACAUCGCUCGCAUGGAGCGGCUCCUGCAGCAGGCUGUGGCAGAGAGGGAGCGGCUGCUCAAGGCCAGGGAAGGGACAAGAAGGAGCACAGAAGGUUCCGCGGGCCCCGCUGUUCCUGCCAUCAUGCCCCCACCCACACCCCCAGCCCACCCUCCAGGCCCCCGCGUCUUGGAUCUCCAGCAGCACCUGGAACGAUGGGGCCACAACCCAGAAAACUGCCCGCAGGUGCGGGUGUCAGGGGGCUGCUGCCGCGGACCCCUGGUCAAGAUGGGAGGCCGCAUCAAGACCUGGAGGAAGCGAUGGUUCUGCUUUGACCGCCAGGCCCGCCGCCUGGCCUACUAUGCAGACAAGGAAGAGACCAAGCUCAAAGGCGUCAUCUACUUCCAGGCCAUCGAGGAAGUCUAUUACGACCACUUACGCUGUGCCUUCAAGAGCCCCAGCCCCCGCCUGACGUUCUGCGUCAAAACCUACGAGCGCCUUUUCUACAUGGUGGCCCCAAGCCCGGAAGCCAUGCGCAUUUGGAUUGACGUCAUUGUGACCGCAGCCGAUGAGAACCACGCCCCCUGA